UUUUACCACUUGAAUCGCAGUAUCCAGUAUGAUCUCUGCCAGUUAUAUUGUCACAAGUAGACUGAUUGUGAGAUAACGUGGAGUUAUUAUAAACUGUUAUCAUAUACUGUGAAAUUCAUGUUGCAAUUACAUUCAAUAAACAUUGCUUGAAAUAAUCGCGCUACAAUGGAAUUUUUCGAAAUACUGUGCGGCAUUCUCGUCAUACUUCUCGCUAUUUAUUAUUAUUUGACAUCGACUUUCGAUUUUUGGAAGUUACGUGGUAUUCGUGGUCCACAACCGAUACCAAUAUUCGGAAACUUUAAAGACGUUAUGCUUGCAAAAAAGUACUUAGGUGAUUAUGUGACAAAAAUAUACAACGAUUACAAAGAUGAACCUAUGAUUGGGAUAUUCACUACCAGGAUACCUGUCCUUAUUAUAAAAGAUCCAAAUUUAAUCAAAGAUAUUCUUAUCAAAGAUUUUACAAAAUUUGUCGAUAGAGGAAGCAUCGUUCAUGAAAAGUUAGAUCCACUAUCGCAAAAUCUUUUCUCUUUAGAGCCUAAACGAUGGCGACCUUUAAGAACAAGAUUGUCGCCUACCUUUACAUCCGGUAAAUUAAAGGAGAUGUUCUCCUUAAUAUCGCAGUGUGCAGAUCGACUUGAACUAUAUAUCGAAAAAUUAUCGUGCAAAAAUGAGCCCAUCGAAUGUCGCGAAUUGGCAGCCAAAUAUACAACAGAUGUAAUAGGUACUUGCGCUUUCGGCCUAGAGAUGAAUGCUCUGAAGGACGAAGACAGCGAAUUUCGCAGGAUGGGAAAAUUAAUUUUCGCGCCAAGCUGGAAAAUUAUUCUACGAUCAAGAUUAAAAAAUUUCCUGCCGUGGUUGAACGAUAUACUCAGUUACAUAUUACCACAGUCAGAAGCCGUGCCAUUUUUUACAAGCAUAGUCAAAGAGACUAUGGACUAUAGAGAUACGAAUAAUAUUGUUAGGCAUGACUUUAUUGAUAUAUUACGUGAAUUAAAAAAGCAUCCAGAAAAAGUGGAUAAUAUUGAAUUGACCGAUACUUUCCUAGCUGCUCAAGCAUUUGUAUUUUUCGGUGCUGGCUUUGAAACUUCAUCGACGGCCAUAAGUAAUGCCCUGUACGAGUUGGCAUUAAAUCAGAAAAUACAAGACAAGUUACGUGAGGAAAUUGAUGAAGAGUCUAUAAAACAUAAUGGCAAUUUUACAUAUGAGAAUAUUAAAAAAAUGAAUUAUUUGGAUAAAAUUUUCAAAGAAACUUUACGAAAAUAUCCGUCGGUGCCACAACUUUCAAGAAAAACGAUGUCCAGUUAUACUUUUAAUGAUACCAAAGUUAAUAUACCAAAAGAUCAACUCGUAUGGAUUCCUAUUUACGCGAUUCAACGAGAUCCAGAUAUUUAUCCGAAUCCCGAUGUGUUUGAUCCAGAGAGAUUUACUGACGAAAUUGUGCAAACUAGGCACCCGAUGCAUUAUCUACCUUUCGGCGAUGGACCAAGAAAUUGCAUUGGUGCUCGCUUCGCUGUUCAUCAGACAAAACUUGGGCUUAUAAAGAUACUGCAAAACUAUAAAAUCGAAACUUGUGAAAAAACGCAAAUACCCUACAUAAAUCAUCCUAAAACUUUUCUAUUAACACCAUCACGUGGAAUAUAUUUGAAAAUAAAUAAAAUUAAUCGAUGUUAAUUUAAACUUAAUGUUUUUCGCAAAAACAAUUCAUGAAAAAAUUGAAAGAAAUAUUUAUAAAUUAAAAGAAUAUAAUAAAUAAUAUAACUAUCUCCAUUCCGAUUGAAA